CAAGUGUGCCAAGUUCGUUCUUUGGCCCUCUUUGGAAGUCAUGCGUUCUUCUUUUUAAAGGGAAUUCAUCCCGUCCAUAGAUGAUGCUGCCAUGACUGUUCGCUUAGCACUGCGUUGGAGCCUUAAAAGAAUCUUUUUAACUAAAUUCCAGCUCUAGUCCGCUUAGUAGAAAUACACUCACACAUUCUCUCCGCCAUUCCCAAAACCCGUGAAUUGUGGUUCAGUUGUGCAAGCACUGUCCAAAAACCUGUAUUGCAGUACGAAAUCCUGAGACAGAGAACUGAACGUGGGAUGUGUUUGCACAGCUGCCCCAUCCGCAAGCACAGUAGACGUGUAUGGUCCCCCGCAGAAGCGUUCUAUUGCAGAAGCAUUGAACAGUUUUGAAAACAAGAAGGCACGUUUAGACCGUGCUCUUGCCUUGUGCGGAUAUCGAAUAUUGGCAACGAAUCGGUGUUGCCGUGCUAGAUACAUUCAGGAGCCAUGUACGCGUUGGCUGUGUCUGUUGCGUUGGCCUGCAUCGUACUGCAGGUCGCGUAUUCCCGUCCCGACUUUGGCAUCCGGGGCACGAUCGAUGGGGUGAGCAACGUCAACUCGCGAGCCAUCCUGGUGAAGGAGUACUUUCUGCGUGUGAACGACUACAUUAUACCGGACCAGAAGAGUGACAUUGCGACGCUGCGUGAUGCGGCUAAAACGCUGCAGGCGAUCGGUCAGUCGGUGAACAACCUCGGACCGGCCCUGAUGGAUGCACUGACGACCGCCACGGACAACGACAGUGGGGAUGUUAAUGCGACGUUCGCGCUGAUCAACAUGGCUCGGUUAAACUUCGAGGGCUACGUUGAAAUCAAUCUAAACGAACAGAUCCUCAACCUGAACACGCUACUGGGCAUGCAUGUGCGCGAUCAGCUGGUGGACGAUUUCUAUCACAUCUCCAACCGACUGGCCGCGGUGAACAACACGCUCGGUCAGCUGCAGUCGGCAGUUGUGGCGGCAAACAACGCAGCCGGCGGGGGCCCUGUGUCGCAGGAUCUGAUUAAACAGUUUGUGAAUGCCGAUCUGGUGGCUCAGCUGUCCCGCCAUCUCACCCUGCUCGCCUACCGCAUUCCCGUGCUGACGUACACCGUGACCUCCUCGCUGGAGAACAUCGAGCAGGCGGACGCGUACUACUACGGGCUGGUGCAGGACUCGGACCGUGUGCUGAACGAGAUCGAAACGUCGGGCGACGAGUUCAACAUGCUCGCGGGCAACUACUCCCUGCUCGUGGAGCAACAGAUGAACCAACUGAUUGCCGAUUACAAACCGGAACUGUCGUUCGCGAACGAUUCGGCUACCGCGCUGAACGUGACCGCUCUUGCGACGGUCGUAACCGACCUGAAGAACGUGACGGACGCCAAACUGGCCGAAACGCUGAAAGCCUACAAGGACCUGUACCUGCCCGCCAUUCUAGCGCUGUCGAGGCUGCUGCCCAUCGAGUCGAACUUCUCCUUCCUGACGGGCGAAAAUCCGGCCGCCGUGCUGGUGGGGGUGCUGAUUGCGAACGGUCCCUUUUCGCGGUUUUGCUUCUGGAAGUACUCGAGUCUGCUGCACAACAUUCUGCUCACGUCCAACUUUGCCGCCGAGUGCUACGAUCGCGAGUACAACCGGUUGAGCACGCUGCAGCAGGCGCUGCUGCUGCAGAUCGAGCUGAUCUCGUACAGUCUGGAGAUCGUGAACCCGUAUUCUGUGGUGUGUGGGUUCCUGCCACCAUCCGUUGCCCUGCGGACGGAACAGUGCGCAAACGAGAUCGCAUCCUACUUCAACAUAAUUUCGAACGAUUUUAGCAGUAAACUGGGGGCGUUCGUUAAUCUGACCUCCAUUGAGCUUAAUGCCAGCAAGCAGCGGCUGAGCGUAUGCUGGUCGGCCAAGAUACAGUCCACGUUCGUCAAGUACCAGACGCUCAUUCCGGAAAUAAGAAACUGCUCCGUGACCGGUCCCGAACUGUAGAUGACAGAGACGGUGUAAAAUAAACAUUAAAGCAAACGAAUUUCUGCCAAA